AUGCCAGAAAAUAGUAUUCGUAUAUUUAUUGCGUUAGCUGUUCUUACUCUCUUUGGUAUUAUUACAUUUGCUCUAGCUGCAGCUACAC